GCCGACAUCAACAGUUGAUCUUUGGUCUACGAUUCCAUAGAGACAACCGUAAACGAAGCGUCGAAAUCAAAUUCAAAAAAACAAAGUGAAAUAAUAAAAAUCUAACGAAAACGAAAAUCAAAAAAAGUUGAAAAAAAAAAUUACAAAAAAAAAUACACAACUCAUUGUUGUGUAGCUGAAACAGUGUAGCAAGCUUAGAGUAGUGUUUUUUCGGUAGUGAGUGAGCGAGUGAUAUCAGUCGGCAAUUGUCAUGCAAUUGCACGGAGAAAUCAAAAGAUCACAAACUAUAUAAACAAACCAACCACAAGCAACAAAAAAAUACCAACAAAAAUUGAAAAACAAAGGGAGAAAAUAAAAACAACAAAGGGAGAAAAAUAGAUAAGAAAAGCUUAUAAAUUAUACACCACUAUUCAGAUGUCAUGCAACUUUAAACAAAACCAAAUGAAAAUUUUUGUUGUUGUAAAAAGUGAAAAUUCAUUUUGAAAUAAUCCUCCGCGUCAAUCGAUAGAAAUCUCACAACAACUUCAACUCCAGCAUCCAGAGCAGCAGCUAAUUAUUUAAUUAAUAAUUCAAACAAGAAGUAGACCAAUUCCUUAAAAAAUGGUGGCCUCCAAUGAGCCGUCCAAAGCUGUCAUUAACUCAAAUCCGAAAACAGAGAAGACCAAAGUCCCCCUAACAUGGCGAGAAAAAAUGCAAAAAGUCAUAGCCAAUAUAACGGUGGAACCCAUUGUUGCGGCUUACAUUAUGCCAAGUGUAUUGUCCAAUUUGGCCACACAGAAUUUAAAUUUGGAAAAGGCAUGUCGGGUUAAUAUGGAAUAUGGUGAAGAAAUCUGUGAUGCACUGACAAGAAGAGAAACAGCCAAUUAUACCAUGGAGGAGGAAACUAUACAGAAAAUGGUUGCCCACAUGGUGGCCUGGAAAACUGUGAUACAAUCCCUGUUCCCCUGUUUGUUGAUAUUAUUUUGGGGCUCUUGGAGUGAUCGCCAUCAUAGGCGGAAACCUUGCAUUAUGAUACCCAUUGUGGGAGAGUUUUUGGGCACAGUGGGCCUUAUACUCUGUGUUUACUUUAAGGACACACCCAUGGAGGUGGCAGGCCUUACAGAGGCCAUCUUUCCCUCUUUGAGUGGGGGAUGGUUUGUCAUGCUUAUGGGUGUCUUCAGUUAUAUAGCGGAUAUAACUACCGAGGAGGAACGCACGCUGCGCAUAGGCAUCUUGAAUGUGUGUUUCUCGGUGGGGGUGCCCAUUGGCACUGCCUUGAGCGGGGUAUUAUUGAAGAAAAUCGGCUUCUAUGGUGUCUUCUCCAUUUCGGCCAGCUUAUAUGUCUUAUCUUUGGUUUAUGGUUUCUUCUUUUUGCCCGAGCCCCGCCCCAGAUGCAUACAACCCCAAGAGAAAACCAAAUCCCGCAGUCUUUUGGGAGACUUUUUCGACAAGGAACAUGUGGUGGAGACUUUCCGUGUGGCCUUUAAAAAAGGCGAAAAUAAGCGAAGAGCUCGUGUUAUUUUGCUGAUGAUUGUCGUUAUGGUUGUCAUUGGUCCCAUUUAUGGUGAAAUGAAUGUCAUGUAUCUCUUCACUCGCUAUCGUUUCAAUUGGAAUGAAGUUGAUUUUAGUGUUUUCAAUACUUUUGCUGUGGUUACAGGAUUGGUGGGUGUCCUCUUCUGUGUUGGUGUCCUUUCGCACAAAUUGAAAAUCGAUGAUGCCCUCAUUGGAGUUCUUUCAAGUACCUCAAAAAUCUUAUCAGGAUUUGUUUAUGCCUUUGCCACACUGCCAUGGCACAUGUAUGUGGGAGCAAUUGUGGAAAUAUUCAAUGGGACAUCAUUCAUUGCCAUGCGUUCUAUGGCCACCAAAUUGGUGUCUAAAGAUGAAUUGGGUAAAGUCAAUUCGCUCUUUGGAGUGGCUGAAGCUUUAAUGCCGGUGGUAUAUGCACCCAUGUAUAGCACACUGUAUGCGGCAACAAUUAAAGUAUUCCCUGGGGCCUUUUAUAUACUUGGUGCUGCCAUCACUGUGUUGGCAGUGAUAAUAUUUUUAUGGAUGUACGAUUUCCAACGCAAACAAUUGCGCAAGCAAAAAUCCUUGGAUGCCGAAGCCUCCAAGAGUGUCAAAGAGCCUACUAUCAGCACCAUUGAUGCCAUGGCCUUGGCCUCAGAGGCCAAGGGUCAUUUGAAUGGCAUUGUUAGCAAUGUCCUACAUGAACACAUCUGUGAUCUCAGUUGUCGACCUAAUGGCAGUACCACUUGUCUGAAUGGCAAUGCUGUCAUUGGCAAUGGUUAUGACAACAAAGCCUAUAUGCCCGAUUUGGUGGAGGGCGCCGAUACCAAAUCAGAACACAAUACGCAUUUAUAAGAAAAAAAAAGAAAAAUAGUUUUUAAGUUAUAUAUUAGAGGAGUAAGAAAACAUUUCCCCAAUAAUGUCCAAGGAUAAAUAAACCACAAACCUUACCUAAGGUGUAAAAUUUAGUAUUGUUUAAAAAUUUUAACCUAGGGUAGGUUCGGAUUGUUGUAAUCUGCAAUGUGAUUGAAUAAAUUGUUACCUCGAAGCAAUAAUCAUAAGAAAGUUUUUAUGUAAA